AUGGCACCACCGAACGUAACAGACGGUAAUGACAAUGGAUAUCGCAUGGUACCAUCAAAUGAACCUGAAGAAAACUACGAAAAGGUGCAAAAUAUUGAAGAAACUGACAAGGACGUCGCAAAGGAAAAAGAAAAACAUUUGUUUGAAAAAGCUCCUCUUAAAGAAGACAGCGAACCCGAAGCAGCAGUAGUGGUUCCUCCAGAUGGCGGUUGGGGAUGGGUCAUAGUGGUAGCAUCGUUUAUGUGCAACAUGGUGGUGGACGGUAUCAUAUUUUCGUUUGGAGCGUUUUUGCCUGGAAUUGCCGAGUCUUUCGAUGUAUCCAAAGCGAGUGUUACUCUAGUCGGUUCUUUAAUGUCUGGGUUCUAUCUGAUAUCUGGACCUUUUGCAAGUGCAUUGGCGAAUAGAUAUGGCUUUCAGCUAGUGGCAAUUGUUGGAAGCGUUUUGGGAACAACUGCGUUUGCCAUCUCAUAUUUUGCUACCAACGUACAAUUUCUUUGUAUAUCUUAUGGAGUACUGGGAGGAAUUGGUUUUGGUUUGAUUUACGUGCCAUCAGUAAUUACAGUCGGGUUUUACUUUGAAAGAUGGCGUGCGCUAGCUACUGGUAUUGCUGUUUGCGGGUCUGGAAUAGGUACAUUCCUUUUCGCCCCUUUAAGCAAAUGGAUGAUAGAAAAAAUGGGAUGGAGAACGUCCUUGUUGUUUCAAGGAGCUAUAGUCCUGUCUUGUGUGCUCUACGGAUUGGCAUUUAAGCCAUUGAAACCCACCAAAAUAAAGGAUAUUGAUGAAGCUGAUGGUAAAGAAUUAGUAAUGGAUCCUAGCAAAUUACCGGUGGCUACUAAGGUAAAAAUGGAGGAAGCAAUGAGAAGAAUAAGACGAGGAUCCACUGUUUCCGCUUAUGACCAUCAAACUUCUAUUUCCAGAAUGCUUGGUGUUAACAAUAACUCUGAUUAUCCCAGAGUUUCUGACGUUUAUCAAACAAUCAACAUUCCUUCAAGGAAAAUAUUGGAAACUUACAUUGAAAAGAGGUUGAGUGUACCAUCGAUUUCGGAAAAGGAUAAACCAAAAUCUUACGAUUUAAAACAAAACCUUUUGGAAGGAAAAAACCCUAUUAUUAUAGUACCAAAGAGAAAUAGAACCACCUCCCAGAAUGAGGAAUCUGAAGUUAAUAGACCUCUAUAUAGAGAUGAUAUAUUUUUUUGUGCUAGCCUUAAAAGGCUACCUCAGUAUACCUCACGUACAUCCAUAGCCUACAAUCUGGCUGUUACAAGACUGCCAACCAAAAACGAUGUCGAAGAGGAAAUCAAACACACCUGCAAGUUGUGUCCCGAGGCUGUAAAAAGAACAUUGGCAACCAUGUUAGACUACAGCCUUUUGAAAUCGCCAUCUUUUAUUCUUCUUUCCGUUGGUGGUUUUUUGACCAUGAUGGGUUUCUACGUGCCAUUUAUGUACUUAGUGGACAGAGCGACUUUCCAUAAAAUGGAUUUGGAUACAGCUGUAUGGCUGGUCUCCUCCAUUGGUAUUGCCAACACGUUUGGCAGGGUAAUGUGUGGAGUGCUGAGCUCUUUUCCUAGUGUCAACGCUCUUUUGGUGACCAACGUCGCUUUAACCAUUGGUGGAGUGGCCACCAUUUUCAGCGGGAUCUCUAUGACGACAGAAUACCAGUUUUUCUACGCUGUUGUUUUUGGAUUAUCAAUUGCUUGUUUUGCAUCGCUGAGAUCUAUAAUAGUGGUGGAUCUACUCGGCCUUGAAAAGUUAACGAAUGCCUUCGGACUACUUCUUCUAUUCCAAGGCGUUGCUGCGAUUAUCGGCGCCCCAUUGGCGGGCGCCUUUAGGGACUACACUGGCGGUUACGAGUAUUCCUUCUAUCUAUCUGGAAGCAUGUUGUUAUCGUCUGCAGUUAUUUGCUAUCCAUUGAAUUACUUAAACAAAUGGGAGAAAAAACGAAAUAAUAAACUGCAGAGAGAGAAGACAGUUCCAGUGUAA